AUGGAGCUCCCCCAUCACUACAACAAGCCUAUUCAGGCUUUCACCUGGAGAGAAAAGGUGAUCCAGCUGGUGCUUCACUCCAAGAAGGAGGUGGAGGUGGAAGAGCUGCUGGUGCAGAAUCUGACCAUGAUCCUCACAUAUAUGAACAGGGUUUUUGUUCAAGUAGUUGCAGAGGCAAAGAAACACCAUGAACCAGCCCAGGUGAGGAAUUAUAGAUGCAACAAUGACCACAACAUCAACUGCACCAGCAUUGCAGAGGUUGACUGGGUUCUCCAUGAGCACUCCCUGGGUGGGAUGUGGUAUGGGAGCUGGACUCAGUUCAAAAUGGAUGAGAACAUGAAGACUGUGGAUGUGGCAUGGAGACUGAUCUAUGUGAUAGCAGACUUCUAUGAUCCAGUGGAGGAUGAGGACGCUGACUUCAGAUACACAUACAAAGAACAUCUGCAAGGCAGUGCUGCAGAUAAAGUCAAGGGAAAGGCACAGGGAGAGGGAGAUGAUAGCAUUGGAGGAGGUCAUCAUGGUGGUGGGUGGAACAUUGCUGACCUCCUGGUGACCAGGAUAAUCAGGGAGGAACAGAUCAUCAGUUUUGUUGUUGCUGUCCCUGUCGAAUGGGGCUAUACUUCUGGGCCUUUGCCUGGGGUUAACUUGCCAGUCAUUUCCAAUGAACUGGGCUGCUCCAUGUACUAG